CGGGCUGGUGGGCGGGGCUUGCAGCGGCGGAGGCGGGGCCUGCCGCCCGGUGGAGCGGGGCGCGUCCCGGCGGCGGGAGCGGCGGGAUCGGUGCGAGCCGCUGCCGGUCCGAGCCCAGCCCAGCCGAGCCGAGCCAUUGCCGGUCCGUGCCGAGCCGGACCCCCCCUGCCGCCCGGCCUGCUGUUGACAAGCGGCGGCGGGAGGCAGCGCGGCGGCCGGUCGUCCCCAUGUGGCGGACGCUGGCCCUCGCCUCCGCCUUCUUCCCGGGGCUCUUCGCCCUCUGCAUCCGGUUGCUGCGCUGGGCAGCCCCGGGAUGGAGCCUCAAGGACCGCAUCCUCCUCAGCGGCAGGUUGGUGUCAACAGUCCAAGCCACGAUGGCAACGGUGUCGGGGAUCACGGUUGUCCUUAACUGCAAGAACGUGGUGUACGACAGGCACUGGCUGGCCGUAGAGUACAUCUGGGUCCUCGUUCCCUACAUGACCUACGACAUUUACGUCAUGUACCUCUGUCACUGGCACAAGAGCCAGGACAGGGGAGUCGUGGAGAAGAAGCACUCGCUGGCCAGCGUGCGGAGCUUCCUCCUGCAGGAGCGGCUGAUGGUGACCCACCACCUCUUCAUCCUCAUCGUGCUCACCCCCAUCACCCAGCACUUCAGGGGAGAGCUGGGGGACUUCUUCGUGGGCUGCAUCUUCAUAGCGGAGCUGAGCACGCCUUUCGUGUCGCUGGGCAAAAUCCUCAUGCAGCUCAAAAUGCAGGACACGCUCCUGCACAAGGUGAACGGGAUCCUCAUCCUGGUGACCUUCUUCCUCUGCCGUAUUCUCCUCUUCCCCUUCAUGUACGCCGCCUACGCCAGGCAGGUGGGAAUCCCCAUUUACAUGGUGCCUUUCCGCAUCCCCCUGCACUGCAACAUAGCCAACGCCUCCCUCAUCGCCCCCCAGCUCUACUGGUUCAGGCUCAUCUGCCGCAAAGCCGCCCGCCUCUACAGCAGCUCGCCCGCCGAUAAAAGCAGAUAACGGUCGGCAGCGGCAGCCCAGCGCGGGGGCUGGAAAAGGGUCAGGCCCCCCUCCCCCCCCCCCCAGCUCUUCCACCUUCAAUGCCAGCACUGUGGGGGACCAUCAUGGAAGCAGAGCUGCGGAAGCAGUGAUAUCGCCGGGCUUUUUUAGCUGGAAGCAGCCUCGCCGUCUCCACCGCCGUCCCAGGCAGUGCCAGCCUGGGCUAGGAAGGCUUUCUUCCCACGCCGCUCCAGUGCCUUGUGUCCUCCCACCCGUGGGAGCCAGGGCAGGAGCCAGCGAGGAGGAGGAGGUCUGCCCAUAAGCACGACGUUCCUUCUGGGAGUCAACACUGCGGCACCGAACUAACGGUUACACGAGAGGGGUUUGUUACAGACGCCCCCCUCGCGUCUGUCAGGGCUGACACCAGACACCGGCACUGAGCACGGCGUCAAGGAGCCUGUACCCGGAGGUGAUGCUGCAGCCUGCCCAGCCCCACGCAGCAGCACCGGGGACUCGGGGAGCCGUGUGCUGGACCUGCCGCAGCCCCAACUCACUCCUCCGGCUGUGGUUUACGUCCUCCAGCUGAGAGCAGAGCCAGGCCCCGGGGCUGUGGCACGGCUCUGCACAGCGUGUUCCUGGCCGUCACCCACUUGGCCUCUACACUCAGCCUCUCACCUCCCACUGCUGCUGGGCUCAAACUCAUUUAAGACUCCACUUAACCCAAAGGUGCUUUUCACUACAACUGUCUGGUGUCUGUGGCUGACAGUCCUGGGCUAGGGGGGGCUCUGGUGGCCCCAGCAGGCUGGAGGGCGGAGAAGCUCACACCAGGACAGAGGAAGGGUUGCGCUGUCUCAGAGCAAUGCUGGCAGAGCAGAGCACCCAUGGCUGAAGGGCAGGAUGAGGACAGGAGACUGCUGAGUCCCCAUCUCUGGGUACUAUGCAGAGCCCUUUGUUGGCAGGGGAUGCAACUUUCAACCCUUUUCCCUAACUGCAGUUGAUUUUAGUUAGCCCAAGCCAGGGCAGCCACCUCCUCCCUGCAGCCUCCCGUGCUCACCUGGGGUCCCCCUGCUCCAGGGCAGGGACUGCACCAACACGGCUCCAGCAGCCCCUCUACAGCCACCCGUACCCAGAGACCUGGGGACACUCUGUGCCUUUCAUUCUGUCUAAAACCGGUCCGGAAGGGCCGAGGACCCAGUUCUUUUGGGUAUCAGAUCUUGUCCCAGCCACAGCUGUAUUCUGGAAAGGCUAAAAUAAAAAGGCCUCUUCCAACAUGCAGCCAGUUAUUGCAGGAACACUACUGUCACUUUAACCAUCGAGACCAGCUGAUGUUAUAAACCGCUCGCAACCCAUUACAGAUGUUUGUAUCUCGCUGUUUUCAUCGCAAAUAAUGUGCCUUAUGUAAGGACAAAAAAAAAAAAAAAAAGCCAAUGAGGCAUCUCAGUUUGCACUAACACUGCCCUAUUUACUACUGCACCUAUCAGGAGACCAAUAAAGAUUU